CUCAUUCGUUUUACAAAAUUGACUAAAAAUUAAAUAUGAUGGAGUAUCGUUUGAUUAAAUCGUACAUUAAAUAUGUUUGACAUUUUGAAUAAGUGUAAGCGUGUAAAUAUUUAAAUAUAUUACGUAAAGAACCGAUCUGUAAAAUAAAAACAUUACUUGCGAGCAUCCAAAACUUCCGCCGGCAAGAUGUCGAAGUGGCAAUCGGAGCGAAGUAUUCACGAAAUGCUUAAAGAUACACCACCUUUACGGGAAUCAAGUGACUCCAUAACAUCCGGAACGGAAGCCAAAUUCCCAACAUCGCGCUCCAUGACUUUUCCACCUGCUUAUGCUCCACCAGAUGUGUCUCAAAAUGGUGCAGCGGGUAGCAGUACGCUUCUCCGUUCAGGCUCCACCAAGCUGGAGAAUAUAAAGAACUGGAGUGUCUCUACAUACAAGUGCACUAAACAGCUCCUGUAUGAGAAACUGGGCAAGAGCUCUCGUACCGUAGAUACAGAGCUGGAGGCGCAGAUCGAGGCGCUGCGCGAGACGCAGCGCAAGUACGUGCACGUGCUGCGGCUGAGCGGCGCGCUGGCGGCGCAGCUGGCGCAGGCCGCCGCCACGCAGCGCGCGCUCGGCGAGGCCUUCGCCGACCUCGCGCAGAAGUCGCCCGAGCUGCAGAACCAGUUCCUGUACAACGCGGACACGCAGCGCUCGCUGACGCGCAACGGCGAGACGCUGCUGGCGGCGCUGCACUUCUUCAACAACGCGCUCAACACGCUCACCAACAAGAGCAUGGAGGACACGCUGCUCACCAUCCGCCAGUACGAGGCGGCCAGGGUGGAGUACGACGCGUACCGCAGCGAGGCGGAGGCGGCGGAGGCGGCGGGCGCGGGGGGAGCGGGCGGCGCGGCGCUGCGGGCCGCCGCCGAGCGGCACCGCGCCGUCUACGAGCGCCUGCGCGACGACUCCGCCGUCAAGCUGCGCCUGCUGCACGAGAACCGGGUGCCUUGUUCAUACAAGCAACUGCUACUAUUCCACAACGCCGUGUCCGCGUACUUCAGCGGCAACAACGUCGCGCUGGAGGCGGCCGUGCGGCACUUCAGCGUGCCCGCGGCGUUGCCCGCGCCGCACCCCGGCGCCCCCGCGCCCCCGCCCGCGCCCGCGCCGGCGCCCCACACCGCCAACACCCCGGCGGCACCUCAGCUGGCCGCUACGCCCCAGCUCGCUUCGCCUGCGCCCGCGCCGCCACGCUCCGCGUAGAGAUAAGUGUACACUUAUAAAUUAAUAUACAAAUUGUUAUUGUAUAUUCGACCCCACUUAAAUUUGAACCAUAAUGCGGAAUACUUAAAUUUCAAAUUGACAGAAAUGGUAAUGACUAAUGAUGGUUUUUGUUAACAUGAAAAUUUAUUGGAUAUAGAGUCUGACUGUGAAUAAGCCAAUUUAGAUGGGAAUUUGUUGUUAUCUUAAUAAAUAUGAUAUAUAAGCAAUUUAGAAGCAACAGUUGCAUAAAUUUUGUUAAUAACAAAAAUAAUACUCAAAACACCACUUUAAUGACAUAACCACAGCUGUAGCUAGACAGCUGUGGUUAUGUGGUUAUGUGUGUUAAGUAAAUAACUGAAAUGUUAAAUUAGACAAAUAUUUUUAAAGUAAUGCAUUCCUUGACAAAAUAUCUCCAUCUAAAUUGAUCAAACAAACAACCCUAUUAUAAUAAUUUAAGCUAAAGUGUAUGUAAAGUAUACAUAACGCGUGAACGCAUGGAUGUAACCUGCAUAAUAAACUGGCAUGUGUAAUCAUGGAUUUGUUUGAUACACAUAUGCAGUUGCAAAUGAUACAGCAAUAAUACGUCGAAACACUAGCAAAGUAUUAAACAUUUCUGAGCUAUAUAAAGAGAGUUACCUCUGAAAUACGAUGAAUCUGUAAUAGUAGCUAUCAUAUAAAAUAGUUCUAAGCUUAAAGAGUGGUUUGGAGAUUGAAGCAAAACAAAAGAAUAAUAAAAAAUUAUUCAAUUGCUCUUAUUUUUAUAUUUUGCUUCACAAUUAUGGUGAACAGAAAAGGAAAGUCAUUGUUGAUUUAUGUAUUUAGUUUAUUUAUUGAUCUGAUUUUUAAAUUAGGUGCUUUCAUAGAGAUAACAUUAUUUAUUGAUAAGAGAUACAGACAAAUGCAAAAAGCUUUAU